AUGGCCCGCAAGAUGAAGGACACCGACUCCGAGGAGGAGAUCCGGGAGGCCUUCAAGGUCUUCGACCGCGACAACAACGGCUUCAUCUCCGCCGCCGAGCUGCGCCACGUCAUGACUUCUAUCGGCGAGAAAUUGACCGAUGACGAGGUUGACGAGAUGAUCCGGGAGGCCGACCAGGAUGGCGACGGCCGAAUUGACUACAACGAGUUCGUCCAGCUCAUGAUGCAGAAGUAA